CAACAGACGUGGUCGCAAAACCGAAAAAAAGAAAAACGAAUAUCAAUAAAGUUGAACGUUGAAAGUUAAGAAAAAAAAAAAAUUUAAAAAGUUCUCACAAAAGAAAAGUUCUUACAAAACAAAUUAAAAAAAAAUUUUUCACAAAAAAAAAGUAUAAUAAAAAAGAAUAUCCUUAAUGCAAAGUUCUACGCAAUAAAAAUUAAGUUCAACGUGUUAUUCAUUGUCGUGGUUCUUUUGAUUAACGCUAUUGUGAAGAGAGAUAGUAGAUGAGUAGCAUUAAAGUGAGUGCAUCUUCUGAAAUUGAGUCGGCUGUUAAAGGACUAAGAAUUGUAAAUUGCUACUCUGCCUGCAUGGUUGGUGAGCUGUAAAAUAAACAAUUUGAAAUGCUGCAUUGAAAUUAACCAACACAACAACAGCAACAAUAACAACAAGACAAGCAGAUAAAAAAAAGGAUCCCCCCUUAAAAACCACAGGAAAGUGCUUCAGUCAGUCUUGUCUUUUGGCUUGGUAAUUGCCAAUCUGCCGGCUAUGUAAAAUUUUGACUAACAUACAAACAGAAUAGGAGCCUAACAACAACAGCAAUCUGCUCAACCUCUACAAAAACAGCUACAAAUUGAAUAGAGCAACCAUUUUCCUAAUAGUCGUUUAACAAAAAUUCAAUUAGCAAAAGCUUGAGCAAAAUCUAAAUCGUAGACGUUAAACAAAAAAGAAUAUUAAAAAAUUUGUAAAAAUAUUUGUAACAGCAACAGCAUAAGAACAACAACUGCUGAGAAUCUUACAGCUCCAGUACUUGAGAGUGGCACCUUUCUGUAGAGAGCCUAAAAAAGAAAAAGAGGCUAAAACUUAACCACAACACAACUACCACCACCACCUCCACUUUAUCACAACUAGAAACACUACCAUCACCACUUCUAAAAGUCACCAUUUUGCAAAAAGAAAGCCGUUACAAUAUAAAAUAGCGAAGAGACGAUUCAGAGACUUAUUUGGAAUAGAGAAAUCAUCCUCUCUCCACAGGAUUGAAAUCCAAGAGAGCUGUAACCACUUGGACCCUUGUAGUUUUGUAGUUACAAAAGAGCCACACGUACAGAGAUACACAACAACACUUAACCAAGAGCACUUAAAAAGCUGUAGACUUUUUCAGCCAUAGUCUCUCUUUAUAGCACUCACUCUCCCGCUCUUGCACUAACACCAUCACUCUCUCCCUUUUCACACCCCUUCGCUUACUGUGAACAGCACAAACAUUUUCAAAAUCAAUAAAAUCCACCAACAACCAAAAUCCCCCACACCCUGUACCAUAGACACACGGGAAGACGAUCAUCAUCACCACCACCAUCAUCAUUCGCAUCAGCAGCACCCACACACAGAGGCAUCAUUGCCAGGGCAACACCAACAGCAACAGGCAACUCCGUCUGCGGAGUCCUCACAUCCGUACAAAAUAACGACCACCACGAAAACCAAUCCGAACACCACACCCACCCCCAACGCCGCCACCUCUGCCUCUGCCUUUGCACACAACGCCAUGAAUGCGAACAAGGUGAAAAAACGUGAUACAGACUUAUGACUGGUGCGUAACAAGGGCGGUUUGGGUUUGGGCCUGGGCAACAACAGCGGCAGCCGUUACAAGGUGACGGCUCGCUGUGUGCCUGAAGUUAGCAUAACAUCGCCAACUGGUUGUCCAAAAUAUGGCCAGAUCGAAACCAUGCCGCCCAGCACCACAGCGAAAACAUCAACGACUACACCACCACCAGCAUUAACCACCUCAUCGAAAAGUUUUUCACCACCCCAGCAAUUUUAUAACAACCCCCCUCACAACACUAACAACACACCACACCCGAACACGAAAAACACCCCCACCCCAACAAACACCAACACAACUACGAAUAACUGCGGCACCAACAAAUCGAACAGCGGCAUCGGCAACAACAACAACAACAUCAACUUUAUGAAUUUGAAAAAUACCAACAAAAUUCAGGCCAAAAGAGCAACUCUUGUAGAGGAGGAGGAUUUUAAUGAACUUACCGCCGUACCCCUACCCGAACACACAGCCACAGGCACACCCUCAACAGCAACCACAUACGUGAUAGCAGCCCAUAACAACAGCAUCAGCGAGGAAGACGAAACCAUCGCCAACGCCAGUGGCAAAGUUAGCCGCCACCUACCGCCACUGAAGCUCAGACAGUCGGCCGCAAACGGCACAGCGUCAACGGCCCAGGGGCCGUGUGCGACCAUUGCAACAUCGGCGAGAAAUGUGUUGCAGCGUCAACAGGCUUCCGCAGCAACAAGUCCCACAGCAGCGACCAGCAAACGCAACACAGCGAAUAUAACCGGCGAGGAAGGCCGCAACGAACCAAACGAACAUACGCCGCUGGUAACCCCACUCUCAGCGUCAUCGGCGACAGGCGACGCCGUUGUAGCAGCAGCAGCCUAUGCUGCCACGGGCUAUACAGCCCCCUCCACGUCGACCAAUUCCUCCAAUAACAGCAUAAACACGACUUACUAUCAGUCUAACGUUCUGACCACCACCACCGCUGCCUCCACUGCCACCGCCACAGCCAACGCCACUGCAACAACCUAUUCCACCUACUCCCACAACUCGAAGACGACUCGCUCGUGGCCGGUGAUCUAUCGCAAUCCGCAUCACUACGACUACGAGGCCUUGUAUGCGCAUGCACCCAAGGGCUCCUCGCAGUACGCGCCGGCCUCGUCCAUCACCUCGUCCUCGUUCAGGCAAAACUGUUACUCCAAUCAAUUCAAACAGUCGAUCGUCUACUCGUCCAGCAAUGAGGACCUAAGCACCAUCAAUGAAUGUGGGACAGAUGGUGUGGUGGCCACGAAUGGUAAUGGUGGUAGAAGCAGCAGCAGCAGUCUUAUCGGUUGUGGUGGUGGUUACAACAACAGCAACAGCAAAUACGGUUACCAGCAACAGCAGCAGCAGCAACAACAACAGACAACGUGCUACUAUUUCUCCCCCUCUCGUCACAACAGCAUUUAUGAGCAUCCCUCGGCCGUCGUUGCAAAUUCACUGCAAUUCGAUCCUUCGUCGUCGGCGGCAACAACGGCAGCUGCUGCUGCAGCUGUUGAAUCGAUACGACGCAGCAACAGUAUACUGUUGCGCAACAGCAGUUGCUCCUCAAAGAUUAUGCACCAGGCGACCAUUGGCGGCCACGAUUUAGACAGCCCCACUUCGCUCAAUUCCGCCAUGGACGUCACCAGUACUGUUGGAGGUUCUGCCUGUUGCUCAAGUUGUUGCAUGGGCCCACCGCCUCUGCUCUUCCUCUUUGUAACGCUGCUAAUGACCACCAGCGCCACAGCUAUGCUAUGCGCCGCCAUUAUGACUGAUCACUGGGAACACGUGAAAUGGGAUCGCGCCAGUUUGGAGAGAUAUUCAAAUCGUUCAAAUUUACAGUUGGAAUGGAUAAUGGAGGAUACGGUUGCAAUGCUGAAACCGGAUAAAAGAGCCGAUCAUCGCUUUCGACGUGAUAACCUUUUCUUAGUGCCCAUGCAUGGCGGCAUUUGGACUCUUUGUAUAGACUUGCCUUUACACGAAAUUCAAGAACUUAGAAGACAUCCGAAAUUUCCCCGAAGUGCACCCACAUGUCUCAACUACUUGGCCGGCUCAAUGGAGAAUGCUCGCGGUGAAGAGCAACGAAAUGAUUGGCAACAUAGUGAGUCACAGGCGACAUUGCAGCCUCAUCUAAGAAUGCAAAAUCUGUCAAUUUCCUGUUCUCUUGUGUGUCUAAUAAUACUGGGCAGCGCGGCAUUAGUAGGAGCCUUUGGAGUAUGUCAGAGACAAAUAAGUGCAAUUUUAAUAACGGGAGUUAUGUAUUUAUUAGCAGCUUUGUUUGCUCUAUUCACUUUAAUGAUCAUACACUUUAAGCGCCAGCAAGGCAGACCCAUGCUGGAUAGUGAUUAUGAUGGCACUGUCGACGGCAUAGUGGCUCGACCUGGUGGCCCUGCCAUAAUGGCGAAGAACCUAUUGGGAGCACGAGUAUUUCUCACCUCAUGGAGUCUGGACUUGGGCUGGGGAGGAGUGGUUCUGUGCGCCAUAACCUCAGUUCUAUGGAUAUUACUGUCAAAGAUAAUGCGUUAUAACCCUUUCUCAACCUUAAUGAUCUGAAAUUGCAAAUACCAUUUGCUCACCACAACUCAGUGCCAGCACAAGGGCCACCAUUCUGCAUGUUUAUUAUCCAACAGCAUGAUGCAGAAACAAGAACUCUUCUACAAAAGUUUAAAGCGAAAAAAAUGUGAACAUUCGAAAUGCGUUUCAUGAAUGCAAGUUUUUGAGUACCUUGAGAUUUAUUUGAGAAAACAAAAAGAAACAAAUACUACUAAAAACAACAACAAAUGGGAAUUAUAUUAAGCUUUUCAUGAAGGAAAACGACGACAAACAACCAACAAGAACAACAUCCACUAUAUAUAAAGAAAAUUGUAGUGUUUAAGAGAAUAAAAACAUACUUGUGUAGAGGAAUUUACAAAUAUAAACAAAAACUUAUAAAUUGAAAGUUUUGUUUAAAAGUAUAAAGCGGCAACAACAAACCCUGUACUAAGAAACAUAAGUAGCCUGAUAUGCUAGAAACCAAAAUACCACAUACAUACAUAUAUAUUUGUAAAAAAAAACAAACACUUGAAAAACAAUAGGCAAGACUCAAUUCUUCUUUAGCUGCAAAAAAAAAACAAAAAAACAAACAUUCUAAAGCAUUGUUAAAUAUAAAACACAACCAAAGAAAACAGAUUAAAAAAACCCAAAUCCUAUGCAUCAAUUAUGUCUUAAAAAAAACAAUUUAGUAAAACUAGAUUCUAAACAAUAAUAAAAAGAACCAAUUUGCUUAUUUAUUACUUUUUGAUAUAUACUUUUUAAAUUUCAGAUAACAAACACACGUUUUUUAAUGUUAAUUAUAAACAACAAUUAAAAAUAAAUUCAAAUAUGUCCUGCUCACGAAAAAAUUUUAAAAACUUAAAAAUUUUAUAUGAAAAUUAGAAUGAUGACAUUUUACAACCUCAUAUCCCUGCAUCAUAUUUGGAUGAGUUUUUAUUUAAGAUUUAAGAUUCGAUAAAAAACACCUCACGCACAAAAUGAUUUCAAAAAUUUAAUUUCGAAGUGGUUUGUGGGUGACCUUUUUUUAAUACUUUAAUGUAAUUUUAGUGUUUAACAAUGUUUAACUCAAAAGUUAAUUCAUACGUACAACAGGAAAUUAUUUUUGAGAAACAACAAGUAAAAGCGUGCUAAGUUCGGCCGGGCCGAAUCUUGGCAACCCACCACCAUGGAUUCUACUAAAAUAUGGGAGCUAUAUUUGGUUAUAGACCGAAUUAGAACAUACUUGGCGAAGUUCCUGAGAGUCACAACAGAACACUUUUUAAAAAAUUUCAGACAAAUCGGAUAAAAAUAGCGACUUGUAAGAGCUCAAGAAAUCAGAUCGGGAGAUUGGUUUAUAUGGGAACGACAUCAUGUUCUUGACCGAUUUGGACCGUACUUUACACAGUUGUAGGAAGUCAUAGUAGAACAACACAUGCAAAUUUCAGCCAAAUCGGAUGAAAAUUGGGACUUACAGGGGCUCAAGAAGUCAAAUCGAGAGAUCGGUUUAUAUGGGAGCUACAUUAGGUUCUUACCACGGAGGCCACUGCAGCACAGAGGUUGGCAUGUCCGCCUAUGACGCUGAACGCCUGGGUUCGAUUCCUGGCGAGACCAUCAGAAAAUUUUUCAGCGGUGAUUUUCCACUCCUAAUGCUGGCAACAUUUGUGAGGUAAUGUCAUGUAAAACUUCUUUCCAAAGAGGUGUCGCACUGCGACACGCCGUUCGGACUCGGCUAUAAGAAGGAGGACCCUUAUCAUUGAACUUAAAACUUGUAUCGGACAGCACUCAGUGAUUUGUGCGAAGUUUGUCCCGGUUCUUUAGCGAAAUGUUCAUGGGUAAAACUUGUAGUUUGCAUUAUUAGGUUCUCGACCGAUUUGUACCGUACUUAGCACAAUUGUUGAAAGUCAUAAAAGAAUAUUUUGUGCAAAAUUUCAGCUAAAUCGUACAAUAAUUGUGGCUUCCAGGGGCUCAGAAGUCAAAUCGCAAGAUUGAUUUAUAUGGGAGCUAUAUCCAAAUUUGAACCGAUGUGGUCAAGCGGCUAGCUUUACGCGUUCGAACGCUAUGGUGAUUUCGACAGACGGACGGACGGACGAACGGACAUGACUAGUUCGACACAGAAUGUCGAGACGAUCAAGAAUAUACAUAUACUUUAUGGGGUCCUUCAUCAACAUUUCGAGGUGUUACAAACAGAAUGACUAGAUUAGUAUACCCCCAAUCCCAUGGCAGGCGGUUGUAUGUACCGGAUUGACCCGAUGAAUUCCUACAUUGGCAAGGGCUGCCGCCUCAGUGUACCACACACUGCUACAACAACAACAACAACAACAACAACAACAACAUUAGUAUACCCCAUCCUAUGGUGGUGGGUAUAAAAAGUCAUCACCCUAAUGAAAUUAAGAUUAACCACAUUUUUUAUUAAAAUCAAAUAUUCUAAACCAAAUUCGAUAAAAAUCAUAUUUUCAUUACAGACCAAAUAAAUAAAAUUUUCUCAAAAAACAACAAUUGGAUUUAAAAUACUCGAGUAUAAACAAAAUUUAUAUUACAAAUUCGAUUAUAAGAAAGCUUCAAUAAAACGAUUUUCUGUGAUGUGAU